GGUCGUAUUAUCAUAUUUCACAGAGGCGGUGGAUUGAAGCGGUUGCAGUGAAUAGUGGAUGUGAAGUGCAAAUCGCUCCUCUCGCAUUGCUUUAGUGUGAUUUAUUUUGGCAACAUCAAUCGGUCCUCCUUCCAAAAUUUUGGUCUGUCGUUGCCAAAUUUUCCCGUUGCCGCCUUUCAAGCAAGGAAACCAGUGUGACCACGAGUGCCCUGUUUUCUCUUGGCAUGACGUAUACAAACCAAAAUGUGCAUUCAAUAAUCGAAUAUGGGCGUAGCCAUGGCGUCCGUCUCAUCCCAUAAAUUGACACUCCAAAGGAGGUGGAUUGAAGCGGUUGCAGCGAAUAGUGGAUGUGAAGGGCAAAUCGCUUCUCUCGCAUUGCUUUAGUGCGAUUUAUUGGCAACAUGAAUCGACAAUUGUAGUCAGUGCAAUCGUCUUGCACUGCCUCUCUAUGACUGUGGGCCGUUGAUGGACAGAAUGAGCUCCUCAAUCUCAUACAAGUAUGGGUUUCGGAUCAAUUACAUACUCUACUGGGUUAUACUCAGCCAACAGUGGUUUCAUUUAUUAUUGAAUUGGGUGAGUGUGCUGCAAGUCAAUGGAGCCUUGAAUCUCUUUUUGAAAUUGAAGUUUUUGUAAAAUCUAUCUAACCAAGCAGUGAAAUAGCAUUUCAGAGACUGAAGAAGUAGCAGGAUCUCUUAAUCUAUUUUUCUACAAUGGCGGAUGAGAAACAGCUACAAGUAUGGGUUUCGGAUCAAUUACAUACUCUACUGGGUUAUACUCAGCCAGCAGUGGUUUCAUUUAUCAUUGGAUUGGCUAAAAAGUCAUCUUCAGCUGGGGAUUUGGCUAGCCGGCUUUUGGAAUAUGGUCUUCCAUCAUCUUCAAAAACAAAAUCAUUAGCAGAUGAACUUUAUAUAAAAGUACCACGGAAAACAGGUGGCUUGAAUGCCUAUCAACAAGCUGAGAAAGAAGCAGCUGCUUUUGUGAGAAAGCAAAAGGAUUAUGCACUGUUAGAUGCAGAUGAUGAGGAUGAUGAAGUUGCUACUGGUAUAUCUCGUGUUCAAUCUAAGAAAGAUUCUCGGCAGAAGCACCUCCGAAGGAAAAGAGAAGUCAAUGAAAGUGAUGAAGAUGAUGAGGCUGUAGUCAGGUUGACAAAAUCAAGACGACAUGGAAGGAGUCUCUCAGAUGAAGAUGACGAAGAUGAGGAGGCAAAGAAAGAGGCAGCCAGGGAGCAAGAUCAACAAGAAAGGUUUGAACUUGAAAGGAGACUUCGUGAAAAAGAUGAAGCUGCCACAAAGAAGUUUAUGGAACCAAAACUGAGCAGAAAACAAGAAGAGGAGGCAAUCCGGCGUUCUGAAGCCGAGAAGGAGAAUGAUCUUCUUCCCACUCUAAGAGAAAUUUCUCGGCAAGAGUACUUGAAGAUGAGGGAACAGAAAAAACUUGACGAGCUGAGGGAUGAUUUGGUGGAUGAAGAAUACUUGUUUGAAGGAGUAAAGCUAACAGCCAAAGAAGAACAGGAAAUGAGGUACAAAAGAACUGUUUAUGAGCUAGCCAAGCAGCGGGCUAAGGAUUUGGAUAACAUCGUUGAGUACCGCAUGCCAGAAGCAUAUGAUGAAGACGGCAAGGUGAAGCAGGAGAAAAGAUUUGCUGUAGCUAUCCAAAGAUACAGAGAUACAGGCUCUGAAGACAAAGUAAAUCCAUUUGCAGAGCAAGAAGCUUGGGAACAACAUCAGAUUGGAAAGGCAACACUAAAAUUUGGAGCAUUGGAUAAGACAAAACCUCAAGAGGACUAUGAGUAUGUAUUUGAAGACCAAAUUGAGUUUAUCAAGGAAUUGGUACUCGAUGCAGACGAGGUUGAGGGUGAUGAUUUUGAAAAGGAUUCUAGGACAAAAACAAUAUCACACAAACUCCAGGAUGACAGGAAGCUUCUGCCAAUCUAUGCCUACAGAGAAGAGUUGAUUCAGGCUGUAAAUGAUCACCAGAUUCCUCCUGCAUUCAGUUUAAGAAGGCAUCUUCUACACACAAAAGGGUUGUCUUAUCAAGUUCUUGUCAUUGUUGGGGAGACUGGAUCAGGGAAGACAACACAGAUACCUCAGUACCUUCAUGAAGCUGGGUAUACAAAAAGAGGGAAGAUUGGAUGUACACAGCCAAGGCGGGUUGCAGCAAUGAGUGUAGCUGCCCGAGUUGCAGAAGAAAUGGGCGUUAAACUAGGUCAUGAGGUUGGUUAUUCUAUUCGAUUUGAAGACUGCACAUCUGAAAAAACAAUUCUUAAAUACAUGACGGAUGGUAUGCUACUCCGGGAAUUCUUGGGUGAACCUGAUCUAGCAAGCUACAGUGUUAUGAUGGUUGAUGAGGCCCAUGAGAGAACUGUUUCUACAGAUGUUCUAUUUGGGUUAGUCAAGGAUAUUUCUCGCUUUCGUCCGGAUAUAAAACUUCUCAUAUCAAGUGCAACGUUAGAUGCAGAAAAGUUUAGUGAAUACUUUGAUAUGGCCCCAAUUUUCAAAAUACCAGGGAGGAGAUUUCCUGUUGAAAUCCAUUUUACAAAAUCACCUGAAGCAGACUAUUUGGAAGCUGCAAUUGUGACUGUGUUACAAAUACAUGUAACACAACAGUCAGGGGAUGUUCUUGUAUUUUUUACAGGGCAAGAAGAGAUUGAAGCAGCAGAAGAAAUUUUAAAACACAGGACUAGGGGUCUAGGCACAAAAAUAUCUGAAAUGAUCAUAUGUCCCAUAUAUGCCAAUCUCCCAUCAGAUAUGCAAGCAAAAAUUUUUGAUCCAACACCAGAAGGAGCGCGCAAAGUUAUACUGGCAACAAAUAUAGCAGAAACUUCUCUGACCAUAGAUGGAAUAAAGUAUGUUAUUGAUCCUGGAUUUUGCAAACAGAAAUCAUAUAAUCCUCGUUCAGGAAUGGAGUCAUUGAUUGUGACUCCAAUUUCGAAGGCAUCUGCUUUGCAGAGAUCAGGUAGAGCAGGAAGAACAGGGCCAGGUAAAUGCUUUCGAUUGUACACUGCUUGGUCACAUCAAAAUGAAAUGGAGGACAAUACAAUUCCAGAAAUACAGCGGACAAAUCUAUCUAAUGUUGUGCUUAUGCUCAAAAGUUUAGGUAUUCAUGAUCUCAUAAAUUUUGAUUUUAUGGAUCCCCCUCCAGCAGAAACAUUAAUAAGAGCACUAGAGCAGCUUUAUGCUCUUGGUGCCCUGAAUGACAAGGGUGAGUUAACAAAAUUAGGACGGCGGAUGGCAGAGUUUCCCCUAGAUCCAAUGCUAUCCAAAAUGAUAGUUUCGUCAGAUAAAUACAAAUGUUCAGAAGAGAUCAUCACAAUCGCUGCCAUGCUAUCAGUGGGAAACUCAAUAUUUUAUCGUCCAAAGGAUAAGCAAGUGCACGCAGAUAAUGCUAGGAUGAACUUCCACACAGGAAAUGUAGGAGAUCAUAUUGCGUUGCUAAAGGUGUACGAUUCAUGGAAGGAAACAAACUUUUCAACACAGUGGUGCUAUGAAAAUUAUAUUCAGGUGAGGAGCAUGAAGAGAGCACGUGACAUACGAGAUCAGUUAGAGGGUCUCUUAGAAAGGGUUGAAAUAGAGCCUUCAAGCAAUUUAAAUGAUUUAGAGUCGAUAAAAAAGUCAAUAACAUCAGGAUAUUUUUAUCAUACUGCCAAGCUCCAGAAAAAUGGUUCUUAUCGCACAAUUAAAAAUCCACAAACUGUUCAUAUACAUCCAAGUUCUGGCCUUUCUCAGGUGUUACCACGUUGGGUUGUUUACUAUGAGCUAGUUUAUACAACAAAGGAAUACAUGCGACAAGUAAUUGAGCUCAAACCUGAUUGGUUAGUAGAGAUUGCUCCACACUACUACAAGUUAAAAGAUGUUGAAGAUGCCACAUCUCAGAAACUACCAAAGGGUAAAGGCAAAGCGGUGAUGGAUAGGUUUUGAUUUUGAGGUGCCAUCCAAUUUUGAUCACAUAACUGGUUUUACAGCUUUGUUGAUGAAGCUAUUAGCAAAGAGUAGAUCCUUUCCUCGGUGCUUGGAUUGACCUUCAGAAUAGAAAAAAGUUAUUGAAAUAAUUUAAUUGUUUCUUGACUGUAAAUAAUUUGUAAUUUAGACAAUUUUGAGUUACUCAUUUUGAAUUCUUCUGCCAGUUUCAGUUAUUUUUUCAAAUAAAUUCUUUUGAUGAUUCGAAUGGAGGCCAGGCCAUUUUCAUGUAUUCUAAUGAUAGCCAUUUCACCCUUUAUAACAUGAGUCUUAUAUUCUUUUUAUCCAACACAAUCAAAUUCUCUUUCUAGAAGAAUACCUUGACUCUGAUCCUAACAUUAUCUCAUUUAUGGGAGAUUGAUACUGCAAGGCCUUUUUUAAAAUAAAAAUAAAAAUCUUCAGCAAGGUUAUCAUACGAUC